AUGAUUCAUUAUUUGACAGAAGAAAGUAAUGCAUUGACAAUGGUCGAUAUUAUGGCUGGCUCACUGGACAAAUAUGAUUUUUCGGGGAAUUUGGAAAUGGAAUGCAAAGACAUUGCGGAAAAACAUCUAGGCGAGGAAGUGGAAGAUGGUGAACUACCUGAGGAAGGUGAAAUCUGCGACGACGAUUUCGAAGGACGUGAAAGUGAAUUUGUACGAAGUGAUGAAGUGUUAGCGAGCGCAUCUUCAAGUCAUUCAUCUCAACGUAAAUCACGUGAUUUCGACAAAGAGGAAGUAGUGAUUGUCGGGAACACAGAAAGCAUAAUCAAUUCGUGGAUGACAGGCUUAAAACAACGUACCAAAUCUGGUACCACGGGAUCUCCAACAAUUGAUGCAAAUGAAGAAUAUUAUGGAUAUGGGAACAGUUCCCCUCGUGAUGGAUCUGGAGACAAGGAUUAUAGAAACCGAGUGGAUGAUGCAGCUGAUAAGGACUAUCGUUGGUUACGUGAUGAAGAUGGGGCAAGAACUGUUGGUGACAUUAAUGAAUUUGGCGAUAGUGAUUACAGAGGUGGAUCUCCGAAAUUAGAUAGGCGUCGUCGACGUUCUGGAAGUCCAGCAUACAGUGGUCCAAAGCGACCAAGACAUUCUCCACCAAUGCGAGGUGGUUAUCGUGGAAGAGGUUUCAGAGGCCGUUGGGGUGAUCGCCAGAUUUGUAAAUUUUUUCGUGAAGGCUACUGUAGAGAUGGCGACAAUUGUUCCUAUUCUCAUGACGCAGCUGAUUCUGGUCGGAAAGCUGAACUAUGCAAAUUUUACCAACAAGGUUUUUGUAAGAAAGGUCUUCAGUGCUCAUUGUUGCAUGGAGAAUAUCCGUGCAAAGCUUUUCACAAAGGAGAAUGCUCAAAAGACCCAUGCCAGUUUUCGCAUUUGCCUCUCAACAGUUUCACUCAACCAAUAUUUGACCAGAUGAUCAAGGAUGACGAAUUAGCAUCUCGCAUAGCCAUUCCUCAGGGUCCUCUAAAACGACGGGUUCUGCUUCCUGGUGGACCAAGUUCGUCACCCAGUACUCCUUCAAUUGUACCAGUGCUUGUUACAGUGACUGCAGAUGGCGGACUAACUGGAAAUGUCAUACCUCCACCUUCUGUCGUUGUUCCGACUCUUUCGUCUACAGCAACUCCUGUAAGUAUCGCUCAACCUCAGCUGGUCAUACCAUCAAAUUUAACCGCCAGUCAGACUCCAUAUCCUGCUUUCUUUCCGCAUCAUUCAAUUCCAGCUCCGGCUGUUGUAAACUCAUCUUUAAAUACUACUGUGCCUGGAUUGGCUCCUCAGUCAGUUCAGAAUACAUCAUCUGUUUUACAGAAAUAUACGGCGGCUGUGGAUAAACGUAAUUUGCCGGAGGAUGAAGAAGACAGCUCAUUUAACAUCAGUAAAAUGUUAGAGCAAAUAACAGCAAAAGUAAAGAAGGACAAUUUUGUGGAUGAUUCUCCUGCUAGUCCUCCUACUUUUAAUCCAGAUUCAAUCGCUAGCGAAAGCGCUCCAACUAUUCCGGAAGCAAACGUUUUAAUAUGGAAACUUCAUUCAAUUGAUGAUAUACCAAGUCCCCAGACUAAUAUUGACUCUAAAAUACUACAAAUGUCAUUAACUGAUUCUGCUCUUCGUAAUGAUCCGCGAAUAAAAAAAGCUUUGGCGUCUCAGUUCGAUGCAUUCACCAAUUCUCUAAUGAAUGCUGCACCACCACCGUUACCGCAACCGGCACAGGUGGUUACACAGCAGUCAAUUUCCACUACAACGACAGUUGCUUCUGUUGCAUCUGCUGCUUCUAUCGAUUUUCCUAGAGAAGAUUCUACGUUCUCCAUAUUAUCUGAAACAGUUUUCACUCUGUGGUCUCUCAAAAAACUUCAUUACAGUUCAUCGAAACUAACUGAUCCAAGAAUGUCCAUUGUUAAUCGAGAUCCGCGCAAAAGACUUGUGGCCGGUGACCCACGUGUGGCGACAAUCAGCGACUCACGUUUAGUUUCAACUACAGCCUCAGCAGAUCCACGUCUUGGCACCUUAAACAAUAUGGCUGUUGGACAAGUGCCAUCAGCAUCUACACCACGAGCAGGAGUUGAUAAUCUUUUUGCAACUGUCUCCCUAACAAGUCGUGAUCAGGAUCAUCGUUUGCAGUCUAGCUACGAAAUUAAUCAGGCUGAAGAACAUGCUAUAGAACGAAGCAUUGGAUAUGAUGGUCACCGAAGUUCAGGGAGUAGUUGGAUGCCGCAAGUUCGAGCUACCAUUGAUCCGCGUCAAGUAAAAAGGUAUGGAAUGUCGGGGUAUAGGAAUGAACUUAACAGCAGUCAAGAUCGUGAUGAAAGAAUGUUAAGUCGUGCAAGAGUGGAUGACACUAAGUUGUCUCCAAAUAAUCUGCUCACAACAAGUGUUACAACACCUCAAGCUCCUCUUUCACUACGCGAAAAAAGGAAGAACAAUGAAUAUGAAAGUCCCUUGAGCAGGAUUCCUGAGAAAUCUCGAUGGACAUAG